CUCCACCUCUAUUAAAAACAAAACAAGCAAAAAAUUAAUUAUUUAGCUUAGAAAAUCCCCAAACCUAAGGACAGCAGCAGCAACAUGAAAUUCCGCUUCUGUGGCGAAGGCGAUUGUCCCGACUGGGUUUUAGCUGAGAUCAUAUCCACUCUCUCCAAUUUGACCAUUGAAAACUUGGAACAACUCAGCGAUCUGGUGGCCCUGCGAAUUUGUGGACAGACAUUUGAGGAAUCGAAAAUAAAAGCGUUGACAUCCACACUUACUAAUGAGGGUAAAACCGCUGUGGCCUGCAUACAUUUUAUGCUAACCAACGCAGCUCGCUAUAGCUGCACCGAAAGUAUUUUUGGAGAAGAGAUUCAGCAAUUGGGACUUCCUAAGGAUCAUGCUGCAGCCAUGUGCAGAGUCCUACAAAAGCAUUCCGCUGCCAUUCGCCAAACGCUAAUAGAUAAAGCAUUCAAAAUUAACGAACUGCAAAGCGUUCGCAAUAUAACUACGCCUGGACGAAUGCCCCCGAAUUAUACCACCUUGGAACUAAAAAUCUCGCAAGAAUUGGUCGAUGGCCUGCCAAAGGACACCACUCAUGUUAUCAACAUCGAUCGCGCCCAAGUAAAAGCUCUGCUGGCGGAGCUGAAAUUGGCACGCGACGUAAUGCAGAAAUAUGAGAAUAAACCAGAUUCCUAAAUAUGCAUUAUAA